GCUAGGCUAGCGUCCUGUCACGCUAGCGUCCUGCAUCCUUUGGUUUGCAUGCCGUCAGCAGCCAUAGAAACCCCGUCCAUCGGAAAGAAGUCGCCUCAGUCCUCGCCUCCACUGAAGUAUCUCAAGGAGCUCUCUUGAUGCCAGCAUUAUUAAUAACGGGAACGCCACGCGCGGCGAGUUUUGUCACAAGCUCGUCGAGUCGUCCGGUUACCCUGCACCUGAUUCUCAUUUAUGCAGUGCAGGUCACAACUCUGAUUAUUGACGCCUUGAUGGAACUUUUAGGUAUUUUGGCCACCGUGUCAGCGGACUUGUGAGUCACUUUUCAAAGUGGCGAACUCCGGGAAGCUUUGGGUUCAAACCGUGCUUUGCAAUUAGAAAAGUUGAUCAUUUCCUAGAAACUCUGGCGGCUUCAACCGUUGUGAAGUCGGACGCGCAUGCAUUGUGGAUGUCCGAAGGACGAGCGCGGGCUCGCGCUGUGCCAUAAUGUUGGAUGGGAAUGGAAGACGAAGCACACAGAUACUUAAGCUCUUGCUAUAGGCGAGGCGCUGUUACCUAUAUGUUCACUUAAACGCAAGCGGUUUGCUCUGUUUUGUACCAACGCGCUCAGCCGCGGGCGCAUUGUCGCGUCGUGCCGCUUCCAAGGCACCAUGCAGCUUUCAGAGUCCCUGAAUGUAGUAUUGUCGCGGAAGCGCGGCAGGAGCGAGUCUGGGGAGUCGGCGAGCCAGGACGAGCUAAUCGAAUCCACCUUCAUGGCAGAAGGAGACUGCGGGCCUCGCAGGACGGCCAGCGACACGCUGCAGCCUGCAGGCCCUGCGACUGCUGGACCUUUCACACGCUCGAGCCUGCCAAUGGCGCCGGAGCCUCCCGCUGCAUGUCCCUCGGCGGACUCAGCCCAGCCCAGCUCGCGAAAUGCGUCCAGUCUGCCUUCAUCCCCGGUGUUAAAGACAUGUGAGCCUCAGCUGUCGCCGCGCCAUGGCUUUCGAGCGAGCGCGUCGGUGCAAGCGGGCUGCGACGCAACAGCGGGGGUGGACGAGCACUUCGUGCCCCCCGAGCCUCACACGGCCAAGCGCGCGCGCCACACUCGCGAGCAGGCUCAGCAGCUACGCGGUUGCAGCAAGUCCCAGCUGGUAGUCAUAGCUCAGGAUCUGGAGGCGCAGGAGCAGCAGCUUCGGGAGGAGCUUCGGGAGGCGCGGCGCUCGUACCUGCUGCGCGUGUCGGACGUGGCGCAGCGCACCCUGAACCUAGUCCGUGGGAGCGCGGUGCUGCCGCCUCGUGCCAAGAGCUCCUGCGCGCCAACUGCAACUAAGGCGGCAAAUUACAUCGAAGAGAGCAAGGCACAGACGACACAGCAGCAGCCCUCUGCAUCCUUCAGCUUCCCGCGCCUGCAGCCGAGGUCCGUCGCCGACGCCGACGCCGCCACCUGCACAGCGGCCCUUCCGUCAGCCGCCGGGGGCUCACCCGGCCUCGCGCGCCGCCUGAGCGCAGACGGGCCCGCAACGGUGAUGGGACCUCCGCUCUGUGUGCCGCCCAGCCGCCGCGGCUCCGGCGGCGGGCCCAUGCUGCCGCCACAUCGGGCCGCGGAGCACAGCCAGCAGCCUCAGCAGCAGUCCCAGGCAUGGGGCCAGCCGGCACUGCUGCUGGCGGCUGCUGUGCAGGCGCCGCCGCUGACAAGGGACGGCGUCCUGAGCUCUGUCAUGGAAAUGCUGCGGAGCAAGGCCGCCGCCACUGCCGCCGCUUCCAUUCCAGGCCUCGCGCCGCCAGCUUCCAGGGCGCAGUCCAUGCCUCCGCCCCAGCCCAACCCGCCCCACGUAGCGAGGGGGUCGUCGGCACAGCGGUCGCCGACCAUGGCGCCGCCACCGCCGCCGCCUCUGGACUGGCGUGGCCUGCCUCAGCCUCAGCAGCACAUGGGCGGCCCGUCGGCACGGCCGGCGGCCAACUGGCCCGCGCCCGCCCCGCUGACUUCGUCGCCGCCGCUACCAAUGUCCCUGCUGUUGCCGCCGCAGCGGCAGGCGCCCCUGCAGCAGGCGGCGGUGCGGGCGCUGGGCGCUCGCGCCCCUUUCAUGGCUCGUCAGCAACAGCAGCAGUAGCAGCCGGUGGCUCAGUCGCAGCCUCAGCUGGUGCCGCCACCAUGCCGGGCCCCUGCGCUCGACAUUGCGGGCGGCUGUGAAGCUCAGCUGGCCUGACGAUGGGUACCUGCUUAUGAAGGUUGCGCGCGCUCUGGAUGCGUUGUGGGCUUUGUCUUCAACUACCAACCUAUGCGAUUGGUAUUUUAGUUAUGGUACUGAUUGGAAUGAGGUGUAGUAGUGGCGGUUUGCCAUACAUGUUGGGCGCACUGAACGGCAUGCCAACUCCUAGCAUUGAAAGGUCACCGGCGCACGCUGAUAUGAGCGGCCUACUUUGAUGCUUGCAACAUCAGCGCAACGGGACGCGCACAUGGUUCUGGGUGGAAGUUCGCCGUAAGCGUACGCAGUGCUCGUCAUAUCAUCAUGUGACUCAGCACUGGCAGGGGUUGAGUUCUCAAGGAUACAUGGAGUCAGGAGUCUCUGCCUGACUUGAAGUCAUCAUACAGGUCACGAGGCAGGGAUAGUGUUUGGCAGAACCGUCAGUACCUCCAGCUCGGUUCGAAUUUGCGCUUGCCAUCUAGAGAAUGGGUAGCUACAGCCGUAGCAGCAGGAGGUGCACACCAACACUGAUACGCUUACACUGCAUUGCUGGUUCCUAUGGCCAGAGCAAGUCAAGGGGCUUGCGGUGCCAUGUGUACGUCCAUUGCGAUCAGGCGCUCGGUCAACAGACGAGGCCAUGGAGGCGUUGACGAAGAGGGAGGGAAUGGGCAUACCGUGUUGGGCGGAGUGCCACGCACGUCAACUCGAUGCGAAUACUUGACUAGUGUGAGGCCAGUAGGCCACCGUAGCAAGGACCAAUGUGGUCCACACUGCCAAGGAUUGAUAUGCCACGUGGCUUCGGGCGUGGUUGCGCUGCUAAUGCGACAGUAUAAACAGCGACGCUGGGGUGACAGCCACGGGUGACAGCCUGUUUCCAUUGAAGCGUCAGCCCUAUAACCUGUGGGCGUAAGGCAGGACAACGACAUGGCAUUUUGGCAUUGAGGUUAGGCUUGGCAAGAGGGUGCCUGCGUCAUAGCAUGUGUGGAGACCAGGCUUUGCAUUUGCCUUAGCGAUGACCAGCGGUUGGCAGGAGGUCAGCAUGGCACGGCUGGGACGACAGCUGGGAGGGCUGUUUGUGUUUCACAUUGACCGCACAGGGCGGGUAACCAUGCGGUGGUUACCGUAGGCUGUUGAAUGAGCUCAGCUUUGGACUGCAUCAGAGUUUGCUAGCAGUGCACUUGGAGCUUGGCACGAUGUGGGCGUCCGCUGCGUGUGCCAGGGGAUGCUCAGCAGUGCGGUCAACGCAGCAGGUGCGGCCUGCACAUGCAGGUCGGCGUACAUGGGGUCUGGCAUGGUCUGCAGAACAAAGACAGUUUGUUGUGGGGAGUGACGGUGAGAUAGUAUUCAGGGUGGGAUUCAAUGGAAUUGAAAGAUCGCACUGCAAGAUUGUGUACGUUUUCCAUGCAAAUGUGCGCUAAGAUUCAGGCAUGCGCACACUGGCCCGGAGCUGUUCGUUGAUUAGGUACGGAAGUCAGUUGUGCGUGGCCGCUGCGACGCCUCCUGUGGUGCAUACACGGUCUACGCUCGCUGCUCAGCUAUGCCGUUGAAUCGCUUGGCAUUUGCUUGCACAUCAACCGCGCAGGAUUACGUUCGGUGUGUGCACAGUGUCGGACGCCGGGUAUGUUGCGGCAUGGAUGACUGCGUGGGGUGGAUGGGGUGGGCUAAUGCAUAUCUACUGUAAAUCAAUCGACUGCCGUGGAUGCGCACGUGCGAGUGUACUGUGGCAGUGGUGCGGCUAUCUCGGAUGGCGGCCGUAGCUACCGCGCCGGCUGCAUAGUGGUCAACGCCGAAGUAGUUACAAUUCUUCAGCGGCUGGGGCCAGCAGGGACGGCGCCCUCUGACCGGCAUGGUGGUGCCGCCCUUGCCAUGCCAUGUAACUCACUGGACGA